AGCGCCAGCGGCGGCGGGAGGUUGCCAGGGUAACGGCGGGGCGGCGGCGGCCAUGGAGGGCGGCGGGCGGCCCUCGGCCGCGCAGGCCGUGCUGCUGGCCGCCAGCACCGCUAUCACCGCCCUGGUCUACUCCCUCUACCGGCAGAAGGCUCGCGUCGCCCGCGGCCUGGAGGGCGCCAGGAGGGUCCGGCUGGACGGAGACCUGCGGGCCGUGCUGCUGGAGGCGCCGGGGCGCUGUGUCCCCUACGCUGUCAUUGAAGGCGUGGUGCGGUCCGUUAAGGAGACCCUGAGCAGCCAGUUUGUGGAGAACUGCAAGGGCGUCGUUCAGAGGCUGACGCUGCAGGAGCAUAAGAUGGUGUGGAACCGAACAACCCACCUCUGGAACGACUACGAGAAGAUCAUCCACCAGAGAACCAACACCACCCCCUUCGACCUGGUCUCUCAGGAGGAAGGCGCCGGCGUCGCCGUCCGGGUGAUGAAGCCGCUGGACGCCGCCGAGCUCAGCCUGGAGACGGUGUAUGAGAAAUUCCAUCCCUCCGUCCAGUCCUUCACCGACGUCAUCGGCCACUACAUCAGCGGAGAGCGCCCAAAGGGCAUUCAGGAGACGGAGCAGAUGCUGAGGGUGGGCACGGCGCUGACGGGGGUGGGAGAGCUCGUCCUGGAUAACACCACGAUCAAGCUGCAGCCCCCGAAGCAGGGCAUGCCCUACUACCUGAGCGCUAUGGAUUUCGACUCCUUGCUGCAGAAACAAGAAUCAAACGUCCGGUUCUGGAAAAUCCUGACCGUCGUUUUUGGUUUUGCCACCUGUGCCAUCCUCUUCUUCGUCCUACGGAAGCAAUACCGGCAUCACCGAGAGAGGCAGCAUCUCAAACAAAUGCAGGAUGAAUUGCGGCAGGCCCAGGAGCGCCUGAUGCAUGAAAUGAACGUCAAGGGUGGCGAAACACUCAAAAACGCCUGCGUCAUCUGCUUGGGCAACACCAAAUCCUGCGUUUUCCUGGAGUGCGGGCACGUUUGCUCUUGCACUGAGUGCUACCGGGCUCUCCCCGAACCCAAAAGGUGCCCAAUCUGCAGGCAGCCCAUCUCCAGGGUGGUUCCUUUAUACAACAGUUAAACUUCUGUGGCUGAGGGGGGGGGAGCUUUUGGCGUUAAAACCGCCUCUCGCAAAGGCGUUUUCUCGCCUCGCUGCUUGGGUGGUUGAUUUCGGGGAAGGGGAGGGAGCUUGAGUGAGCGGGUGCUUCGACUGGGGCGCAGAGCCAGGGCUUAAAAGGCGACGAUCCAGCUCAUUGGGGCUCACAUCACGCACCGGAGGUUUUCGGGGCGGGAGACGAGGAGCCCUCGCAAAGGGCGCAGCGCUUAGCCGGGAGAUGCAGCUUCAAACCCUUCUGUUAAGAGUCGGACUCUUGGGGUUUGCAUCGUGGUUUGCUGAGCCUGCGGUCCUUUACGAUAACCCUGGGGGGAGGGUGGGGGGAAAGCUGUGUUACAGCUUCUUUGGGGCUGCAGAAUUCCGGUGACGCUGCCCCCUGGCUCCGGGGACCGACGGAGCGGGGUGGGCUUUCGGAGAGCUCGUGCGGGGGUUUGGGCGAACACACGUAAUUUUGUGAUCAUCCGCAAAAUCAGUUUGUGACUGUGUCACGCCAGGAUGCGAGAUCGGGGAGGAGAAAAGGCUGUGGCUUGAGCUGGGGUAGGAAAUGGGGUGUCAAGGAAUAAAUAGGAUGAAAAGCG